AUGGAGAAGUUGCUUGCACGCUACGGUGUCACUCAUCGUUUGUCUAUCGCAUAUUAUCGACAAACAAGUGGACAAGUGGAGAAUGCAAAUCACGGUAUUAAACAAAUCUUAGAGAAAACGGAGCUUAGGGAUAUAGCGUAUGCUCGAUCGUUGGGAAUCAAGGAGAGAACGAAGUUACUACAUGAUAGAAGGUUGCGGAAAGUGAAGGAGUUUAGCAAAGGUGAUAAAGUGCUUCUUUACAACUCAAGAUUGAAGCUCUUUGCAGGUAAGUUGAAAUCGAAGUGGUCGGGACCUUUUAUGGUUCAUUAUGUGUUUCCGUAUGGAGCGGUGGAAAUCAUGGAUGAGAAGGAUGGCCGUACUUGGACGGUAAAUGGCCAUCGGUUGAAACAGUACGUUGGAGGAGCAAUAAAUGAGGAUGAGCGGGAGGAAAUUCCUCUCGAAAUCCCACCUAAAGCCGCCAAUUAG